AUGGCUUCAAGUUCGUCAGGAUCUAGGGAAGAAGAGAAAGAGGCAUUGACAUGGGACGCCAUUGAAAAACUGCCAACCUAUUCUAGAAUGAGAACUGGUAUUUUUCAAUUCAUGGCAGAGGGUGAGAAUAAUGAAACACAGAUAUUGCACGAGAAACUGGUAGAUGUUAGCAAGCUUGACGCAAACAUACGGAAAGAAUUCGUGGCUAGAAAUUUUAAGGUGCCUGAGGAAGAUAAUGAAAAAUUCUUGAAGAAGAUAAGAGAUCGAAUGGAUAUGGUUGGCAUUCAACUUCCAACUGUUGAGGUUAGAUUUGAGAAUUUAAGGAUUGAAGCAGAUUGCCAUGUUGGAACAAGGGCUCUUCCUACACUCUUGAACACAUCAAGGGACAUAGUAGAAUCCAUGCUUGGUUUUCUUGGAAUUAGAUUAACCAAGAAAACUAGACAUCCAAUUCUCAGGGAUAUUUCUGGGAUUGUAAGGCCAUCAAGGAUGACCCUUUUAUUAGGACCUCCAUCUUGUGGGAAGUCGACCCUUCUCUUGGCAUUGGCUGGAAAACUUGACUCGAGUUUAAGGGUGAAAGGAGAUAUCAGUUACAACGGUCAUAGGCUAAAGGAAUUUGUGCCUCAGAAAACAUCGGCAUAUAUUAGCCAAAAUGAUGUUCAUAUAGGGGAAUUGACAGUUAGAGAAACUUUUGAUUUUUCAGCAAGGUUCCAAGGGAUGGGAUCCCGCUAUGGACUAAUGCAAUUUGUAUUUUCAGAACUCGUAAAGGAGCUGGCAGAAAGGGAGAGAGAUGCUGAAAUAAUUCCUGCGAAGGAAGUGGAUCUUUACAUGAAAGCUGUAGCAGUACAAGGGGCAGAAAGCAACCUUAUAACUGAUUAUAUUCUCAGGCUACUGGGGCUUGAUAUUUGUGAGGACACUAAAGUGGGAGAUCAAAUGCAACGAGGAAUCUCUGGUGGACAGAAGAAAAGAGUUACCACAGGAGAGAUGAUCGUCGGACCAACACGGACUCUAUUCAUGGAUGAGAUAUCCACUGGUCUAGAUAGCUCUACUACUUACCAGAUAGUGAAGUGUAUGCAGCAAAUUGCUCAUCUGAGUGAGGCAACCAUAUUGAUGUCCCUUCUCCAGCCUGCUCCUGAGACAUUCGAUCUCUUUGAUGACAUUAUGCUCCUAUCGGAGGGCCAGAUUGUGUACCAGGGUCCACGUGAACAUGUACUUGGGUUCUUCGAGAGCCAGGGUUUUGUGUGUCCUGAAAGAAAGGGCAUUGCUGAUUUCUUGCAAGAGGUUACAUCGAAGAAGGAUCAAGAGCAAUACUGGGCUGACAGGGGAAGACCUUAUCGCUACAUAACUGUCACAGAAUUUGCAAGCCGGUUCAAAGCCUUCCAUGUCGGCCAGCAGCUCGAGAAUGAAUUAUUAGUCCCAUAUGACAAGGCUAAAAGCCCAAAAAAUGCCCUUGUGUUCGAAACUUACACAGUUCCGAAGAUGGUGCUCCUUAAAGCCUCAAUUGAUAAAGAAUGGCUCUUGAUCAAAAGAAAUGCGUUUAUUUACAUUUUCAAGGCCGUUCAGAUCCUUAUCGUGGCAGUAAUAACAUCAACAGUUUUCUUGAGGACAACUCUUAGCGUCACAUAUGAUAAUGGGUCAAUCUAUAUAGGUUCAAUCAUAUUUGCCAUGAUAAUAAACAUGUUCAAUGGAAUUGCGGAGCUUUCUCUUACAAUUGCUCGGCUUCCUGUGUUUUACAAGCACAGAGAUCUUCAAUUCCAUCCAGCAUGGGUUUUCACUGUCCCAAAUUUUCUGCUAAGGAUUCCGAUUUCUGUUGUGGAAUCAUUAGUUUGGACAGUUGUUACAUACUAUACUAUUGGAUUGACACCAGAAAUUAGCAGGUUCUUCAAACACCUGCUGCUAGUAUUCCUGAUUCAGCAAAUGGCUGCUGGGUUAUUUAGGCUUAUUGCUGGAUUAUGCAGGAGCAUGAUCAUUGCUCAUACUGGAGGAGCCCUCUCUUUGCUCCUCGUUUUUCUUCUAGGUGGUUUUAUUCUUCCUCAAAGUGAGAUUCCGAUAUGGUGGCAGUGGGGUCAUUGGGUCUCGCCUUUGUUCUACGGUUUCAAUGCCUUGACAGUUAAUGAGAUGUUUUCUUCAAGAUGGAUGCACAAACUGGCACCAGACAACAUUACCGAAAUGGGAGUGGGAAUAUUGAAGAACUUCGGUGUGUCCCCUGAGAGACACUGGUACUUAAUAGGGGCUUUGGCACUUCUAGGAUACAUCAUAGUUUUCAAUUUUUUGUUCACCAUAUCGCUCAUGUAUCUAAAUCCACGGGGAAAGGCCCGCUCAAUUAUAUCUGAGGAAUCUGCGACAUCCAAUCAAGAAGGGGAGAUGGAAAAUCAUGAAUCAAAGACAAUUACAGAACUAUCAGCAAUUCGAAAUGGAAAUAAUUCAAGAGAACUGUCGAAUAACCAAGCCGUAGAAGGAAUUGCACCCAAGAGAGGAAUGAUACUGCCCUUUAGGCCUUUAUCGAUGUCCUUCGAUUCUGUCAAUUAUUACGUGGAUAUGCCCUCGGAAAUGAAGGAGAAAGGUGUGACGAAUGACAAGCUGCAAUUGCUUCAAGAAAUAACUGGGACGUUUAGGCCAGGAAUCUUGACAGCACUAAUGGGAGUUAGUGGGGCCGGAAAGACAACGCUGAUGGAUGUCCUUGCUGGGAGAAAAACCGGGGGAUACAUUGAAGGUGAUAUCAGAAUCUCCGGUUUCCCCAAGAAACAAGAAACUUUUGCAAGAAUUUCGGGUUAUUGUGAGCAAAAUGAUAUCCACUCUCCCCAAGUGACGGUCAAAGAAUCCAUUGUUUAUUCUGCUUUUCUCCGUCUCCCCAAAGAAGUUAAUGACGAGAGUAAGAUGACCUUUGUUAAAGAGGUGAUGGAACUAGUUGAACUCGAUACCAUUCAAAAUACAUUAGUUGGGCUUCCUGGGAUUUCAGGCCUAUCUACAGAACAGAGAAAGAGGUUAACAAUAGCAGUCGAGCUUGUUGCUAAUCCCUCGAUCAUAUUUAUGGACGAGCCAACUUCAGGCCUUGAUGCUAGGGCUGCAGCAAUUGUGAUGAGGACAGUGAGAAACACAGUUAACACUGGCAGAACAGUUGUUUGCACGAUUCAUCAACCUAGCAUCGAUAUCUUUGAAUCUUUUGAUGAGCUUUUGCUGAUGAAGAGAGGAGGAGAAAUGAUCUACUCAGGAUCACUGGGAACAAAUUCUCAGGAUGUAAUCAAUUACUUUGAGGCUAUUCCCGGUAUCACAAGAAUCAGAGAGAAUUAUAAUCCAGCAGCAUGGAUGCUAGAAGUAAGCUCGGCUGCAAUGGAAAAUCGACUGGGAGUUGAUUUUGCUAAAAUUUACCACGAAUCAUCAUUGUAUCAACAAAACAAGGCUAUAGUAAGAGAGUUAAGUGUACCACCCGAGGGAGCAGAAGACCUGUUUUUCCCUACACAAUACUCUCAGUCGACAUGGGAGCAGUUUAAAUCCUGCCUAUGGAAACAAUGGUGGACUUACUGGAGAAGCCCUGAUUAUAACCUGGUUCGCUAUUUUUUCACUCUUGCUGCCGGCCUAGUUCUAGGCACAAUAUUCUGGCAGGUUGGCAACAAAAGGGAAAAUUCAAGAGACUUAUUGACAAUCAUUGGAGCCAUGUAUGUAUCCGUAUUGUUCAUUGGAAUUAACAACAGCUCAUCUGUGCUACCAGUAAUUGAUGUCGAAAGGACAGUCUUCUACAGAGAAAGGGCUGCUGGAAUGUAUUCUGCAUUACCAUAUGCCAUGGCACAGAUAGUGAUUGAAAUCCCAUAUGUAUUUUUGCAAACUACAUAUUAUUCACUUGUAGUUUAUGCAAUGGUGAGCUUCCAGUGGACAGUGGCGAAAUUUUUAUGGUUCUUCUAUAUUACAUUUUUCUCAUUUUUAUACUUCACAUACUAUGGGAUGAUGAUGGUUUCCAUCACUCCAAAUCAUGAAGUUGCAGCCAUUUUGGCAUCAGCCUUUUAUGCCCUCUUCACCCUUUUCUCUGGCUUCUUCAUUCCUCGACUGAGAAUACCAAAGUGGUGGAUAUGGUACUACUGGAUUUGCCCUGUGGCAUGGACAGUAUAUGGGCUGAUAGUGUCCCAAUAUGGUGAUUUGGGGGACAGCAUUACGGUCCCUGGAAUUUCCCCGGAUCCAAGCAUCAAAUGGUAUGUGGAAAAUUAUUUCGGGUAUGACCCGGAUUUCAUGGGCCCAGUAGCUGGAGCUUUGGUUGGUUUCACUGUCUUGUUUGCCUUUUUGUAUGCUUUUUGCAUUACGAUGCUCAAUUUCCAAAAUAGGUAG